GAGAUAAUUGGUAUAAACCAUUUUAUGCAUAUAGUAUACACAUUGAUUCAGGACAGGGGGUCCUCUAAUCCCUUCUCUCCGCAUGCUGCAAAAUCUUGUUAACUUGUAAAGAACACCUUUCAUUAAGGUUUGGACUUCUUCUGUCUAACUACUUAUAUAUAGCUGUACGAAGUCCCAGAAUCGUUUAGCAUGAUUGAUAUUUCUUUUAACAUAAACUCUGAAAUAGAAAUCAAUUCAAAGAACCAAGAUGAUCCUCGAUGCUCCAAUAAUUCCAGCUGCUAUAACUUCUACUAUAUAUUGCGUUAGUCCACCGCUAAUUUGGAGACUAUUUAUGAAAUACUUUCUUACAUUCUUUUUAUGUGUCUUCAUAUUCUUUUCACUUAACAUGAGUGUCGGUUUAUGUGUGAUAGGCUUAAAUAGUUUUGCUUGCCUGCUUGGGUUUGAAAGUGAGAUUAUGCCAAUGUGAUGUCUUGGAAUAGAGAAAUCUCAAUUCAAGUGUAAUCUAUAAUAGAGCAACGGUUUAACAUGUUCAAGCACUGGUGCUUCAAUUGUUAAAUCCAGAUAAACAAAUAUUUUCAUUUUCUUGGGCUAUGAUCUUCAAACUGACAAAUACUUAUAAGUAAAGUCCCUAUACUUAAUAAAAUAAAGCUCACUGCGACUAAGUAAUAAUUCCAUGUUUCAAAAGUAUAUAAUUUUAGAACCGCGGCUAAAAUUUAGUUAAGUUAGUAACAAAUCGUUAUACCACAACCUUUCCGAUAAUGCAUAUUAAUUAUUAAAGAAAUUUUUGUAGAUUUAUAAGUAAAUGUUGUGCUGUCGCGAUUCUUCGUUUAUUUUGAAGGCUUC